UAAAUUUUGAAUCAGGAAAUGAUGGAUUGACUGGGCGUGGUAUCUCGUGGGUAGAGCAUAUUAGAGAGACGGAAGAGUUCACCAGUCACUUUAAAUCCACUCAUCGACACUAGUUGUGAAGUGGACAAAUAGACAAUUUGCUUUUUUUCUUUUACCUGCAUAAGUUAAUAAGUCAUCAUGAGUACAACUGCAGAAUUUGUAGAUGGUGCCAACUUUGUGGAAGCCAUUAACUCUGUCCGAAAUGAUAAUACAGAUGAUCGAUAUGUCCUGGUCGAACAUGUGGAAGAAAAUCCAAAUAAAUUGACUGUGCUGAGGACUGGACAAGACCCAGCAGAUAUAGUCAAUUAUUUAGAAGAAAGCCAAGCCAUGUAUGCCCUUGCUAGAUAUGAGUCCACUUUUGAUAUGUCCAACACAAUCAAGUUUGUGUAUUUUAGAUGGAUGGGGGACCGGAUUCCUGUAGGGAAGAAAGGUCGAUAUGGUGUUGUACAUGGUAGCAUUGAAGAAAAAUUCAACCCAUUUCAUCUAGUGGUAGAAACAAGCUCUCGUGAGGAUUUUGAUACUGACAAAAUUUUACAACAGCUUGAAGAAAACACAGGAAAGAAGUCAAAAGUGUUAGAAACCAAAACACCAGAAAUGCAAGAGAGGGGAUUCACAAACAGCCAACUCCCACAAAAGAAAGCCCCCCAAUCAGCUGUGGCAGCCCCAGGGGUGGCAAAAAUCGGAGGAAGAAUAGAUAUAACCUCUGAUGUUAUGUGUGCAAUAGGAGAUGUCCGAAAGGAUGAUAAUGAUACGAGAUGGAUGUUGGCAGAAUAUGAAACUUCUAAAGGACCAGUCACAUGCACCGGCAAGGGGUCAGGUGACAUAUCAGAACUGAAAGAGAUGCUAGAUGAUGCGAAGGUCAUGUAUGGCUUGUACAGAGUGACCGACACUGUGGACGACAUUACCACUGUUAAAUUUGUGUAUAUUGGGUGGGUUGGUUGCAAUGUUAAGCCAAUGAUGAAGGCCAAAAUCUCCACUAACAAAGGCAUCAUUGAGGAGAACUUUGCUCCAUUCCAUGUCAAUAUUUUUGCCACAGAAUUAUCAGAUCUCUCAGAAAAAAUUGCCAUGGAUAAGGUGACAGCAGCCUCUGGAACCAUGUCACAUGUCAGAUAAGCAAAUCUGAGUUAGGGACAGAUUAAAACCUGCAGGGUCCUGUUACACAAACACACACACACACACACAACUCAUGAUAGCAAUCAAAGUGUUAUACUCUGUUUACAUGUAUAUACCGGUAGUUAUAAACCACCACCUAUUGAACUGUAGGUAUACAGUGCAGUCAUUAUCAUUUUAUAGUAAUGCAACUCUGAUUAGACAGAUACAAGGGAAGUAAUUAUAAAAUCUUUUGUGAAACAGGACCCAGACAACUUCAUGUUUGAUGUAGUCAUAAUUUUUAAUUAUGGUAAUUAAACUCUUAAUCAGACUGUAACAAGACUGUAAAAAGGAAGACAUUUUUUAUGAAACAGGACCAAGACAUAUCCAUGGUCAAUGUAGUCAUCAGCAUUACUUCCUGCGAGCGUUUAGAACAAAUGGGACUAUCAGAUAGUUAAAUUAGAUAUUCUGUGUGUUUCAACUGUAGUGCUGUGUAUUUUUAUUGGACAAAUCAGAAUACAUGUACAAUGUUUGAAUGUUAAGGAGUAGAUUUUUUUUGAACUGGAAAGAUGUCAUUUUAAAUUGUUAUCAACUUUUUACAUUUAGUCAUGUGCUUUUUUUAGAUUCUAUAUUUUCAUAUAUAAAUUGUGUUAUAUAUAUAUAUAUAUAUAUAUAUAUAUAUAUAUAUAUAUAUUUACCUGGUAUAUAGCCGUUUGCCUGUUAAUAGAACUAUACACAAUUGUACUAGAAUGCAAGUGUCUAGUUUGGCCCCUCAAAAACUUGAAAAUUAAGUGAAAUCUUGAUUUCAAAUACUGUUACAUGCUCAAGUACUUAAUUCAUGGACUUUGUACUUAAGCUACUGUAUUCUAUUUAAGUAUCAUUAAACACACUACUGUACUAUGUCUAUCAAACAAGUACCUGUGGGUACAUAUAUAUAUUUUAUCAUCAAACUUCCGUUCUUAUGUGAGAAAACCACAAUGAUAUUUACUACUAAUUUUUCAUCAUUUCCUGACGAUGGAUUUCCGUAUGGAUCAUCUAUCUUACUUGUUUAUAUAAUUAUGCUCUAUAUUCCCAGUUUUAUGAUAGAUUUUAAUAAAGAUAUCAAUACCAUGGUAUUCUAUGAAUAAAAUGAAACGGGAAACUCUCUUUAUAAAUUUGCAUACAGAAAACUACGGUUGAAGAGAUAUAUAUGAAAAUGGUUUCAAAAGACAGCCUGUCUUUUUACACAUUUUCUUUGCGAAACAUUUCGAGUGCUGACCACAUGACUGUCUUAUUAGCAUACCAUGUGCUGUUUUCCCAGCAAUUCUUAGAUCUGUGUAUAUCUAAAGUCUACCCUUUAGUGUCUUACACACAAUCUAGCAGAAUGAAUUUAGUCCUGGUUCCUAUAUCUACAGUAAAUCAACUUGAUUUCAAAACUAACUGAUGCCAUUGUUUUCUUUCCGCCUGUGGCCACUAGCAAUGCAGACAUACAAAUAAAGCCAUUCAAAGAUGUCCAAGAGUUAAAUUAGGCAAGAAAGACCUUGUGUUUGGGAUGAAAUCAAAUAGUUUAUGUUGCACAAGUCAUUACAUAAUCACCAUUAUAGCUCAUUAACCAGAAUAGUUUGGAAACACAAAGAUUAUUAGUAGUACACAUGUACCUUUAACAAAAUCAAGGUAAUUUCUUAAUUGUUACAACAUAGAACUAUUUCAUGAUUAAUUAAUGUUUCUAUCAAUGACAUAUCUUUGAAAGCUUCAUCUGUAGCAACAAUAUGAAUCUUUUUCACACAGUCACUCUCUAUUUGGGUUAAGGAAAAUGCAACAAAGAUGUGCUGCAGCAGUAUUUUUUUUGUUUUAUUUUUUUAUUUUUAUUUUUUGAAUUGGCAUUUAUCCGAAAUACAUGCAUACAGUCUUCAUAGAAAUAAUAUAAACUUUCAAUCAAUGAACGUCAUUUUUGGGGGCCAAAUUAUGUCUUUAACCUAUGAAGUCCAUUAUUUGUAUUGUUAUUAUUACAUAUAUUAUACUUUUGUAUGUUCUUUUACAUACUUUAUUUCUUUCAUAUCAAUCUCCUUAACAUAUAUAUGCUUUCGAUAUACAUAUAUACCAGGAUUUUGUAAAACUUUAUCUUUAUUCCAUUAGUAUACAUGUAUUCCUCUUUUUUUUUAUAACCAUUAUUAAUUGAUUUCACCAUGAAAAUUUAGGGAGUAUAGAUCUAGCAUACAAAUGUAUGUAUAAAAUGUAAAAUAUCUGAUUUAAAUUCUUCCUCUCCUGUAUGAUGUAUGGUUUACAUAGAAUUAAAUGUAUGACAAUGUGGAUGUUUUAAUAUAAGAUUUAGGUAAACUAAUUUUGUAUGAUGUGUGUUACAUGUACUGCAUAUACAUGAAAGAAAUUUGUGGAUAUUUUAAUGUUAAGUUUGAAUGUUUCAGUCAGUAUGUGAAUUUAUGGAUAUUUUAAUGUUAAAUUUGAAUGUUUUAGUCAGUAUUUGCUAUCAGCAAUGCAUAAUGAAGUAUAAUAUCUUAAAGAAUUACAAUUGAAAUUUACAUCUUUUGAAUGGAUAUAUUUAGAACAGGGUAUUGAAAAUAUUCCUUGUUGUAAGCUUUUAACAGUCAUUAAUCCCUUGCAAAGCAAUGAAUGUAAGGUAGAAAACAUAUGAUCAGUAGUAUUUUCCAAACUUAAAAGUCAUCUAGUCAACAAAGAGCUUUAUUAAGUACCUCCAUGUAGUCUGUGCAUUUAUUGUUGUGUUUCUGUUGACCUUGGAGUACUGAUGUACAGUGUAGUGUUUCAUUACAUUGUGAAACUCGAGUCUCGUUUUUGUUAUUUGCUAUGAUUAUAAAUGAAGUUUUUGAUUUAUUCAUCAACAUAGCUAGCACAAGCUCAUUCCAUGACUUGGGACCAUCACCCAUGGCGGGUUUAAAUCACGGUCGUCCUCUUUUUAAAAAAAAGACAAAACAAAACGUUAUGAUCAACAUGUAUGAUUGAUAUUACUUUGAUUUUUAGGACAUGUUAAUUUAUUUUGUAAUGUUUAUUAAUGAAUAUCAAUAUGUAA